UUCCCGGCGCCGCCGCCGCCCUCGCCCGCGCCUCUUUGUACAGUCGCACAGAACGCGAUUGAUAAGACAUGCGGUUACUGCUACUCAUCGGCACUCGUCGAUAAAACGUACAUACAGUCGACGGACAAAUUUGAUUGCGCGUCAGGAAAAAAGUGUAACAGCAAAUCGUGGCAAGUGGUUGGCGAGCUGGUCCAGCUCGUGCAACUGUCGGUGACGGCGACGGCGCUGGCUCUGUACUACCUCAUCUAUUGUUACAUGCAGCUGGUCUACUACACGCUCAGGAGCGCUCUUUACUUCCACAACGCUGAUGGACCCAUGAAAAUAACGAUUGGAGUAGUCACGGUGACGUCACUUGUUGUCGGCUUCAACCUGAUGCUACGGAUGGAGAGGAUCCUCGGAAUACUUUACUAAAUUUCUAUUGUAUAUAGCAAUUACUUCAACAAAAAUGUAAAAUAAAGAAUGACAAAUUAUUACGCAAAAGUAACAAAACAAAGUAAUGUAAGUUGGUAAUAAAAUAAAAUUACUUUUUAGGUUAAUAUUCAUAGCCGACAUGAAAAUAGGAAAAAAACGUUUUGUUGCAUUUGUACCAAAGUGGUCAAGUCAUUGUUACUUCACUAAUUUAUUACAAACAUUGUGUUGUCAAUAAACCAUGUAAGUCAGA